AUGACUCACCAUUCUCGAAGUCAUGACUGCGAAUCGACACUUUCGAGUCUUCUUCUCCUGCAUGUUUAUCCCUUGCUUUUCGACGAUCAACAACCACGAGUUGCCAACACAGGACCGGUUGGCAGGUGCUACUACUCGUUGGUACUUGAUGUUGGAGACCCGAAGGGAUUACAUGAAUUGGCCCUACCAACAGCCGAAAUAGUGAUAGAUAAACAUCGUAAGAGCUUCUUUAACUUUGUUGUGAUGGUGAAUAAAACUAUUUUCAUCUGCAAGGAGGUUCCGACUGCUCAGAAUUCAUGA